AUGUAUCAUUUUCUCUACAGGCAGCCUGCCUCUGCAAAGUGGUACGAUCGAAGGGACUACGUGUUCAUUGAAUUCUGUGUUGAAGACAGUAAAGAUGUUAACGUAAACUUUGAAAAAUCCAAACUUACUUUCAGUUGUCUUGGAGGAAGUGAUAAUUUUAAACAUUUAAAUGAAAUUGAUCUCUUCCAUUGUAUUGAUCCAAAUGAUUCCAAGCAUAAAAGAACGGACAGAUCGAUCUUAUGUUGUUUGCGAAAAGGAGAGUCUGGCCAGUCGUGGCCUAGGUUAACAAAGGAAAGGGCAAAGCUUAAUUGGCUUAGUGUGGACUUCAAUAACUGGAAAGACUGGGAGGAUGACUCAGAUGAGGACAUGUCUAAUUUUGACCGUUUCUCUGAGAUGAUGGACCACAUGGGUGGUGAUGAGGAUGUAGAUUUACCAGAAGUAGAUGGAGCAGAUGACGAUUCGCAAGACAGUGAUGAUGAAAAAAUGCCAGAUUUGGAGUAAGGAAUGUUGUCAUCGCCUGGAUUUUGAGAAAGAAAAAUAACUUCUGCAAGAUUUCAUACUGAGAAAAUCCCUGAGGUGAUGGUAGCUCUAAAGGCAGAUGCUGUACUUGCCUCCUUUAACCCGUUUUUCAACCUGGAUUCUUUUUUUUUUUUUUUUUUUUUAAAGGCUUCACUAAGGGUUGAUAACGUACCAUUGUAUGGGGCAAUUUAAGUCAGCUAAGGCAAUAUCCUUAUGCAUGAACAUUUCCCAGGAUUCUAUAAAGCAGUUGAGAUCCCAGGCAACUGAUACAGCAGCUCUGAUGAAUAAACAUGUUCACCUAAGUCUUCUCUCUUCAUAACACAGUUAUUUACAUCUUAGGAAGGUCUCGGCUUAGGGAAAGACACAGGUGUAGAUCCUAGACCAUGACUUGAAGGAGGCUGAGACAAAUUUGCUGAUAUCCUAAAAUGAUAGCUUGCCAUUCUUCCAGUGCACCCUUCAGAA